CGCUGUGAAGUGGAACGCGAGGCGUUGAGAUUGAGAGGAUGGAAUCGUAUUGGAUUUUGAUUUAGUCUUGGUUUGCUCUCGUUUCUGAAUCUCACGUUUAGAGUACUAGUGUGUGUAGACACUCUGCAACGUGGUACUCCGGCCGGAUCUGGGGAGAAUCCUGAGUAUUGGAACGGCAGGUCACGUUAUGUGUCUAAAAAGUCUAUAUAUGUGUGAUCCUGGAUGAUUUUUCAUAUGCAUAUUAUGAGCCGUACUUCGUCAAACUCGUGAAUUGGUUGUGUUUCAGAGUAUAAACAUGGCGACGAAGAAGUUCGCGGGAGAAUCUCCUUAUAAAGUGGCUAAAAAGACCCACCCUGCGUCUGACUGGACUUUAACAGAUUUUGUAAACAAGGUAAAUCUUGUGUCUGACAAACCAGGAGUGAGGCCUCCGGUGGUGGCAGCGAUUUUUGGUAUCGGUCGGGCAGGAUCCAUUCAUCUGUGUAGUAUAAUCCGUAAUCCACGUGUUAUACUAAAAUAUAUUGUCGAUGAUCGCAAAGAAAGGUUUGAUAAGAUAAGAAGUUUCUGGAACCUGAGUGAUGUGACUUUCCUAACAUCAAAAGACAGCGAUCGUGUGUUCAACGACAAAGCUAUAACCACCGUUUUCAUAGCAUCUCCUACAUUCACCCAUCACGAGAUUGUUGUGAAGUCAAUAGCGAACAAUAAAGAUGUGUUCUGUGAGAAGCCAAUUGCAGAAAGUAUUGCCGAAACUAAAAAGUGCUAUGACACAGCAAACGCCAAAGGCCGAAUCUUAUUUGCGGCUUUUAACCGCCGCUUUGAUCCAUCCUAUAGAAACCUGAAGAUAAAGGUUAGAGAGGGGCUAGUCGGUCAUGUACAGGUUUUAAAGGUGACUGCCAGGGACUCACCUUUACCGACUAUUGACUAUUUGAGAACUUCAGGUGGAGUAUUCCACGAUUGUCUCGUGCAUGACUUCGAUAUGGCCUGUUGGGUGCUAGGCGAGCUGCCCAUCAGGGUCCAAGCAACGGCCACCGCUCUCAUUCCUGAAAUCAAAGCUAUUGAUGACUUCGACAACAUCGCUUUCCUUCUGACAUUCCCGUCGGGUGCUAUCGCCAUAGGUGAUAACAGCCGAUACAGUGCCUACGGAUAUGAUCAACGCUUGGAAGUAUUUGGAAAUAAAGGCAUGAUAAAGGUGGAAAAUGAAAAGCCCUCAGCAUCCACAGACUAUGUGAUAGAGCAAGAUGGCUGCAAGACUCACCCAAUAUACUAUUCAUUUCCGUCUCGAUACAAAGAGGCUUAUGAACAAGAGGUCGAACACUUCUUGGAUGUUGUACAAUACGGAGUACCCCAAGAGGUAACCAGUUGGCAGACGUUGGCAGUAUCGAAGAUCGCAACUGCUGCUGAAGAGAGUGCUCGAACCAAUAAAACAAUUGAGAUCGACUGGAGCAAGGACGAUAUUCCUGAUAUAUAUUCUUAAUUGUUUAUAUACAGGGAGAACACUUGAACAUAUCACACCAUAAUAGAAUUACUUGUUGAAUUGAUUAUAAAUUACAAGAUGUAAGUUUCGCCGUUGAGUCAUGUACUUGAUGCGAGAUAUUUUGUGAAAUUUUGGGGGUUAGGCGCUGUGUGCUGAAAUACAGGUUCACACCUAGUUCAGCGUCAGAUAAACCUGACUAAUUAUGUUUAUAUAACUAGCGCAAUUAGAUAUAAGUUUUUCCUGUAAAGCAAACUUGAAAUAAAUUAUUAUUAUACAUAUGUU